AUGCUGGAAGAUGAAGCUGAGGACUGGUGGGAUAACAGUCGUCAGAGAAUGGAAGAUGCAGGUACUGCUAUUACUUGGGCAGUGUUUCGGGCUGAGUUCCUGGAGAAGUACUUUCCGGAAGAUACUCGUAGCAAGAGGGAGAUUGAGUUCCUAGAAUUGAAGCAGGGGAAUAUGAUUGUUGAUGAGUAUGCUGCUCGAUUCGAGGAAUUGGUGAAGUAUUGUUCUCACUACAAUACCAAUGAGGCUAUGAAUUCCAAGUGCAUCAAGUUUGAGAACGGGCCGCGUCCCGAGAUCAAACAGGGUAUUGCUUGUCAAAAGAUAAGGAACUAUCCAGAGCUAGUGAGCAGAAGCAGAAUCUAUGACAAUGAUAACCGAGCCAGGAUUGCACAUUACAAAGCUGUGAAUGAUCGGAAAGGUAAUCAGAACCGUGGAAAGCCGUAUAGUGUUCCUGAUACUAAAGGAAAACAAAAAACUGCUUUUGGGAAGAAGCCAAGUGGGGGAGGAGGAUUUGCUUCCAACCCCAUUGUUUGCUUCAAGUGUGGUACUGAGGGACACCGUGCUAAUGAGUGUCCAAAGGAUGUUAAGAAAUACUUCAAAUGUGGGAAAGCAGGUUAUGUGGUAGCAGAUUGUAGAACUAAGGUGCCUACAUGCUACAACUGUGGUGAAGAAGGUCAUAUCAGCACUCACUGUCAGAAGCCAAAGAAGACUCAGGGUAAUGACAAGGUGUUUGCAUUAGUAGGAGCCCAGUCUACCAAUGAGGACCGAACAGUAAAAGGUACUUGUUUCAUCCAUAACACUCCUUUGAUUGCCAUUAUUGAUAUGGGUGCAACCCACUCGUUUAUUUCUGUGGACUGUGUGAAGAGAUUAGGACUUGUGUCGUCUACUUUAGAUCGGAGGAUAACUAUUGAAACUCCAUCUAUUGGUUUUGUGGCUACUUCUUUAGCGUGCUUGAAUUGUCCUUUGACUAUAUUUGAUAGAGAUUUCGGAGUGGACUUGAUUUGUUUGCCACUCAGUAAUCUGGACGUUAUUUUGGGAAUGAACUGGCUAGAGUUCAACCGUGUGUAUAUUGACUGCUUUAGGAAAAGGUUGUUGUUCCUUACUCCUGAAGAGGAAGCGUUGGCGGAUUCGUUAUCUACCAAGGAGAUGAGAAUAUUAUUGGAGGAUGAAUCUAAGAUGUUUGCUGUGUUUGCUUCACCGUCUGUUGAAGGCAAAACAUCAAUUGAAGAGAUACCGGUGGUGAAUGAAUUUCUUGAAGUAUUUCCUGGUGAUAUUACAGAAUUACCUCCGAAGAGGGAAGUCGAAUUUUCUAUUGAUCUUGUUCCUGGUACUAGGCCUAUUUCUAUGGCGCCAUACAGGAUGUCUGCGUCGGAAUUGUCAGAGUUGAAGACAUAA